CGCGACACUGGUGGAACGCGAACAGCUAAAAAGGAUAUCGUAAAAUUUUGGUCGUUCUUAAAAUCAAACAUUACACGCAACAAAACAACAGUUUUUGUCACAGGCGAUUCAGCCGAAAUCCAAAAAACAGCGAGGGAUACAUUUGGUCAAUUUUUUAUGGAAGUAGAGGGCGAGAUUACACACACUUCAAGGAGCAAAUUCGAUAAGGCCUGCUCAGGCACGUAAAUGUGGAGGCCUAGGAGAUAGAAUCAAAGGAAUUACAAUAACGUACAUCUGGGCAUUACUGACCAAUCGAAGUUUCAUCAUACGUCAUUCAGUACCAUGUGACCUGGAAAGGUUUCUCAUCCCAAAUAAAAUACAAUGGAACGUCCAACUCCCGGAAGAUGCCAAAGAACAACGGAUGGCACCCAGGUCCCCGGUCACGGUCAAAAGUUACAAAACUGAGGACCUUAUACCAGAUGACGAACAUAUCAGAGAAAAAUAUAAGAAUUACGACAGAAUUGCAUUUUUAGGACCAAACACUAUUGAUCACUUCUCCAGAUUUUCAGAAUUACCAAUAUAUAAAGCCCAGCUGAAACAAUUUCCAUUUCAAAUUGGCGAAAAGAAAUGUUCCAUGUAUAAAACUGUUUUUGAAAAGCUAUUCAAAUUAAAUCCAAGAUUAGAAAAGAAAUUUCAAAAAUUAGCAGCUAAAGCCAAGCCCACUAAGGAUCAUAAACUAAUAUGUGCUCAAAUUAGAACUGGGCCAAAUCCAUCAAUACCAAACGACACUGGUGGAACUCGAACAGCUAAAAAUGAUAUUGUAAAAUUUUGGUCAUUCCUAAAAUCAAACAUUAUACGCAACAAAACAACAGUUUUUGUCACAGGCGAUUCGGACGAAGUCCAAAAAACAGCAAGGGAUACAUUUGGUCAAAUUUUUAUGGAAGUAGAAGGGGAAAUUACACAUACUUCAAGGAGCAAAUUCGAUAAGGCCUGCUCAGGUAUGGACAAAGUUAUUUUAGAUUUUCAUAUGCUCGCGUUGUGUGAUGUUGCCAUGGUGAGUAGGAGUGGUUUCGGCUGGUUAACCCAAUGUAUGAAUAAGAACAAAGAUGCCAUCGUUUACAGGAUGAAUAACACUGGAGAUGUUCAUAUUUGGGAUGACAGAU